AUGAACAGUUUGAGUGUGGCUUCCGACAGCCAGGGAGUGCAUCUAUCGGCGUACAGUGGCAGUGUAGCGUCAACCCAGCAACAACAGUCCGAUUUGCUGGUCAGUUCUCCGACAAGCUACUUCCAGCAGCUCUUCUAUCCCACCGUCUCCGAGCCGAGUUCGAACUCACGGGGCAUCCUCUCGAGAGAGUUCCAAAGCCCACUGGACCUAUCGUUGCGUCCAACCAAUGUCCCGAUGACACCGCCUUCAACACCGUCGCCUCCGAGAAAACGGCUUAAGUCUUCCGAAGAUGCUGGAUGUCCCCCUGCGGUUGAAGAGUGGCGUGCAAAGUUGACCGGUCACGCCAAGAAUCAGUUCUCCGAUACCGUGUGCAUCGACGACAAGCGCUACUACGCCAAUACGACCCUCAGUGAGCGUGGAUCUGAGGGUUCGGCCAGCUUUCAGUACUUUGACGAUAGUGCCCGUUCCGUGCCGUUCCGGUAUCAUCCGGUAGUGUCCGAGCAGGAUAAGCGUGAUGAGGGAGCACCCUACGCUGUCGAAGAGUUGGAUGCACGCACGGAAGAUGCGAAAGCGGAUGAAUUCAUCGACAUUACCGGUGGUCCCGACGAGGGCGGAGUUUGCGACCCCGUUGAUGACGGGGUCGAGCGGGUCGGUGAUUCUCCGCCAGAACUCCAAGAGUUUGAUAAAUCGGACUGCUCGAACAUCGAUGUAGAGUCGCUGGAUAGCGAGGAGGAUGACGAUGAUCGCGACGACGAUAGCAAAGAGUCGAUCAACAUAGUCGACAGUGAGGAGAAGGAGCCUGAAGGUGCGGUUCUAAGUGAUGGCCAACGGUGCUUUGAGGAUGAACGGCUUCACCUGCAGGCGAUCGAAGGUUUCGCCCGGCUGUUUGAGCGCAGUUUCGCCGACAUUGAUCACACACCGACCGCUUCGAAGCGAUCGGGUUUAAGUCCCCGGGGCUCCAAGCCAAGCGAACGUCGGCGGAACAAAACACGCAAGCAAGCUGCACUCGAUGAGGACAACACCAGUCCGGUCUCGGGCACCAUCAUCCGCAAGCUGCAGGAUGGCGAAGAGCUGGUAGUUCGUAAGGGUGACAUCGAUCCGGCGUUCAACGUGGUGGAAAUUACGGACGAAGCGAAGGCAAUUCUGGCGAAGAUCGAGAACAAGAUCGGCUCGUACCUGUGUCAGCUCUGUCGGGCGCUGUAUGACGACGCGUUCGGGCUUGCACAGCAUCGCUGUUCGCGAAUCGUACACAUCGAGUACCGGUGUUCGGAGUGUGAUAAGGUGUUCAACUGUCCUGCCAAUCUGGCCUCACAUAAGCGCUGGCAUAAACCACGCGGUUCUCACGGGGAUGGGGCGCGUAAGUCUGGCACGGGUGCUACUAAGGCUGGGAACCCGACAGUAACACCUCAUCGUAACUCCAAAGACGACGAACCGAUCGAAAUCAUCGACAACUCGAACGACAAUCAUCCGGCUCAGACAGUCUUACCAGCGCUCCCGGCGCAUCCCUCCGACGAAGAAACGUUCCCCUGUCGACAGUGUGGGAAAACCUUCCGAAGGCAAAGUUACCUUAAAAAGCACGCAGCUUCUCACCAGAUGGAACCUUCGAUGCUGCGUGCAGGAUCCGUGGCACCCGGGCCAUCCGCCUUCGGGACAUCUCCCUCCCAUUCCGGCCCCACCGCAUCCUCCGUCCACGGGCACUCCCAUCACCUGCUAACGGCUCCACCGGCCGCUGGAGGUUGCUUUGCGGCGGCAUUUGACAAACUGACACGCCCUCUGGCGACGGGCCCGCCGUCGGCGUCGGCCUUGUUUCCGUUUGCCGCCUGCUACGGUGGGAUGGCAUCGUUGGCCGCCGGUGUUGGGAGUACCACCGGGUUGGGCGCACCAGCCGGGUUGCAAUACAGCGAGCUGGAAAAGCGCCGCUGGCAGUCACUCGGCGAGCUUUACCUACAGCAAAGGGAACGCCUGUCCGCUUUUCAGUAUGUGCGGCAGCAUCAGUAUGAGGAUUACUUGAAAUGUUUUCAACCGUUUCAGUUCGCCCGCGACAAAACCUGA